AUGACCAAAGACCAAGAAUCCGCUACAUCAGGAAGCAAAAACAAUGCUUCCGAUCCCUUUUUCAUUCACUAUUCCGAUCAUCCUGGAAUGGUUCUCAUUUCCAAAAUCCUUAAUGGAAACAAUUAUGCGACAUGGUGCCGCUCUAUGCGCAUCUCCCUAAGCGCGAAGAACAAAUUAGGGUUAGUGAAUGGGACAAUCAAAGCCCCUUCGAAGAAAACUAAUCCUGAGAGUUUUGAGGUUUGGCAGCGUUGCAACGACAUGGUUUUAUCUUUGCUGCUCAAUUCGAUAGAACCAGAUAUUGCAGAAGGCGUGUUAUACUCCUCCACCACACAAGAGAUUUCGGAGGACCUUAAAGAACGUUUUUCCCAACUUAACGCUCCUCGUAUUUUCGAGAUACAACCCACCAUAGCUUCCCUCUCACAGGAGCAGAGGUCCUUUGCUGUUUAUUAUACCAAGAUGAAGAGUCUGUGGGACAAGUUGUCUUCUUACAGUGACGUCCCAGCUUGUUCUUGCGGUGCCAUGAAGAAGCAUGUCGAAUAG